AUAAAUUAAUGUUUUUUCAAAAAGUUUGUUUUUAUUUAAGAAAAAAAAAAAAAUGUUUUAUCAUUCGAAACAUGAGUGAAUGAGAAAAAUUUUUGCUGUUUCCAAGACAACAAGAAAUAUUUAAAAAAUAUAAAUAUGUUUUGGGGAAAUAGUCCUCCACUUGAUUUACAAAAUGAAAUAUAUAAAAAUAAUGAAGAAUCAAAUGAAUUAAAUACCUUGGAUAUAUUGAUUGUUGGUGGAACAGAUGCCAGACAUAUUAUCAAGACUUUAUCCGAGUGUUAUUGUCAUCAAGAAAUAAUUAUAAAUUUUCAUUCAAUUGAAGCAACACCAGAGGCUAUUGCUAGAUCAAUACUUCAACUUGACAUUGCACUGGAUAAAAAUCUGGGUUUGUUGGAAGCAAGUCGAUAUUUUUUAGAAAUACUUGGUAAUACUUUGUUGACACCAGCAACUGGUAAACAUAUUGUUAGAGCUAGUCAACGUUUGAUUAAAAUUGUGACACAAACAUUUACUUGUUCUUGGUUAAAUUUAGAGGGUUUAAAGUAUAAAGACAGAGACUUGAUUGAAGGAAUUUUCAAAUUUUGGUCACGAGCACUUUGUGAUGGUGUACCAAUUUUGGAUUAUUGGGACAGAAGAAUUAGAAAAAAUUUAAAAACUCGUUAUGAUUAUCGUGAUGGUGUAUUUGAUUGGGAUUACAAUAUGAUAUUGAAGGAUAAAAAUUUACCAAAUUUGACAAUUCAAGAGUAUAAAUUUUGGCGAAAUAAUGGAGUUGCAUUUACUUGGAUUGAAACUGAUCCAUCAAGAAGUAAUCCUACAUUGUUAAAUCAUAUUAUUCCAGUUGGAGGAGGAUUCAUUCAUUAUGCUUAUCAGGGAGAUAUCACCAAUGGUCCAUUUUUUACCUGGGCACUUGAUGAAUCUGAAAAGAACAAAAAACUGCGAGCAACUGAUGUUGCAGAAAAACAAAUCAUGAAAUCAAUAUAUCAAAUUAGGUCUAAUGAAAUUUGUCCAGAUAAUGUCAUUGCUGCUCAUCGUGAUAGCUCAAUACUCGAUGGAACUUUGGUCACUCAGAUACUUGAUUCUGAUGCUGAACAAGAACCUUGGAAACUUGAGGAACUUUUAGUUAAAAAAAAUGAUAUUAAUCCUUGGAUUGAUUUAAAAAAUUCCAUGAUAUCUUUUUAUUUACCUUCGUUUAUUGAACGAUGCAAAACUAAAGAACAGUAUAAAAAUAAAUUUAAUGUUGUAUUUAUUGCCAACAAUAUGACAAAUCAAUUACCAAAUUUAAUUGAUUCAAUAAAAAAAGGCUCAUUAAUUUUAAUUGAAUCACGAAAAUUUAUGACAGAAUUACGUAAAGAAGAUCAUAUAAAAUUUAGUGAAGAUAUUCAAAAAAUUGCUGAUGAUAUUGGUUUAAAAAAAGUAACUUCUUUUGAUUCUCAUUCUGAUAUUUUUGCUCGUUUUAUUAAAGAAUAAAAAAAGUUUAAAUUAUUUUUAUUUAUAUUUUAAAAUACUCAAUUUUGACAACAAGUUUUAAUUAUUGUCAAUAAUAAAAAACAUUGACAAUCUCUGUAAUUAUAAACAUAUUUUUAAUAUAAUCAUAAAUAAAAAUUGAUUAUUUCAUUUUUAAAAAUUUCAAAUAAAUG